GACAUCUAGACCAAACUGAGACCUAAGAUUGUCAGUGACACUUUAGUACUUCGGUUAAGAUCUAGUGCUUAACAAAAAGAGACUGAGAUGGAGGAAUUAGACAAAACUCAAUUGCAACUUCUUAAGAAUGCAUUCGAUGCGUUCGAUCAUGAGAAGAAAGGUGUCAUUAGCACAGACAUGAUUGGCACUAUUCUAGAAAUGUUAGGAAGCUCAGUGGACGAAGGAACACUUAAAGAAAUUAUUGAAGAGGUAGACGAAGAUGGAUCGGGAGAGUUGGAAUUCGGAGAGUUUGUUCAAUUGGCUGCUAAAUUCUUGACAGAAGAGGAGGAAGACGACGAAGCCAUGGUAAAAGAGCUUAGAGAAGCUUUCCGGUUAUAUGACAAAGAAGGCAACGGCUACAUAACAACAGAUGUACUGAAGGAGAUCUUCAAGGAGUUGGACAAUACAAUUACCGCUGACGACCUGGACACUAUGAUUGAAGAGAUCGACUCUGACGGGUCCGGGACCGUGGACUUCGAUGAAUUCCUUGAAGUGAUGACUGGUGAAUAAUCAACUUCAAUCCUGACUUAUAGCUUAAUAUAUCUAUAUCUAGUUAACUUUAAGUACCUGUAGUAGAUAGCUAAUAUCUUGUUAUAUAAGUAAUAUUAUCUAAAACCUACUGGGAAACGACCAAACGUCAUUGUCAAAGUCUUCACCGCGAUUGAAUUCUAUUGAACAUGAUAUUUGAUGAUAAUCAUUCACCUAUACUUGUACCUAACGAAAGUAUUUUGCCUAUGGUUUAUGCCAUUAUCUAAGAUAAUAUGGCAAUUGAAUUAAACCUUUGAUCAUGAUGUUGAAAAGUUUACAUGCCUCUAAGAAUUGUUCCAUUUCAUUUUAUUUUAAGGUAUGACUAUCCCAACAAUUAUCUCGAUUGUAUGAAUUAAUAAACAAUUA